AUAAAAGGGGGCGACAGAUGUUCAGAAUGCGCCAUUUUCACGUUAUUCGGCGACAGAGGAGGGUCUAGAAUCAAUCGAAGAAUUAUGGAAUUCUUUCUACUCCUGUGUCUAGUAGCAACUGCGACAUCGGAAAGAACAGGUCAGAGCGAUGGGUCCACCAACAUAGCCUUGCUAAAGCCUGCCUACCAGAGCAGUGUGUCAUUCGACGGUGAGCCAGCACGUGCCGUGGACGGCAGCACAGGCGGUGUCUAUGACAAAGGCACCUGCACACAUACAGCAGUUCAUGGGGAGGACAGCCCCUGGUGGUACGUCGACUUACAAGAAACAUUUGAAAUCGGCCGCGUUGCCAUCUUUAACAGGAUAGACUGCUGCCCCGAGAGGAUAAACCCGUUCAACCUACACAUCGGAGACAGCAGUGACGUGACGACAAACCCGAAGGUUGGAGGAGAUUGGAGUUUCUCUUCCGAACAGGGUCAGCAGCUGGUUAUCCAUGUCAACGGGACGAAGGGACGGUACGUGGGGAUCAGUGCGCCUGGCAGCUACCGGUUUCUCACUCUGUGCGAAGUCCAGGUUUUUGAAGUCCAAAGGGACAUCGUUGCGAACCUGGCAUUGAGACAGCCGACUUCCCAGAGUAGUUUGGACUGGAGCGGUCCGUCAGGGCUUGCAGUGGACGGUGGUCGCAGUGGGUCCUACGAUGAUGGUUCCUGCACACACACGGCCACAGAAGACAACCCAUGGUGGUACGUCGACUUAGGAGGAACCCAAGAGGUCGACCACAUCACGAUCUUCAAUAGGGUAGACCACUCUCCCGACAGAAUCAACUACUUCAACCUGCACAUCGGAGACAACAGCGAUGUGACGGCAAACCAAAAAAUCGGAGGAGACUGGACUUUCGCUCCGGGAGAGGCCGAGAAGACCAUACAAGUCAGCGGAACAAAAGGGCGGUACGUCGGCAUCAUUUUGCCUGGCAGCAACCGGAUUCUUACCUUGUGCGAAGUGGAGGUUUACGGAGUAUGGAGAUGCCCGGAUGUACUGCCGACCCCUGUGACCGAGGACCACCAGUGCCCGGAUGUAGACCGGACGUUGACCCCGUGGAACCCCGGGCAUGACCCCACUGCGCAGGUGGUUGUGGGUGGAGGGCAGAGCUUCCUGCUGCAGUCGUCUGCAACGUUUUACUCGUUGGAGAUCAAAGAUGGAGGGCGGGUUGUAUUCGCCGACAUGGGCUCCACAAGUGACUAUGAGAUUUUCCUGAGGGCCCGUGAUGUAACAGUGGGAGAUGGCGGCGAGUUGCACAUCGGCAGUGAGACCUGCCCGUACCAGGGGAAGGCCACGGUGUCCCUGUACGGACGCUCGGACGAUAACGUCAACAGCACCAAGCAGUUCCUUGUGACGUCAGGCGGGACUCUUGAGAUCCACGGGCAACGCAAGGUGGCGUGGACACAGCUCACACAGACAGUGCCACAAGGUGGACUUCCUAAGGGUCCAUAUUGGUGGGACUCGUUGAGAAACACAUGGCAUCGUGGCAUCAACGUUCGCGUUAUAGACGAAAUAACAGCGGCUGUGGUUGACUCGGCAACUUUCGACACUUCGCUCAACGAAGAAAACAGUCGAAGUUUGGCGACUUUCAUCGACCUAGUCCCCUCGGGAAGAAUCGUGGCGCUGGCUGUGCAGCAGCAUGCUUCCCUGGAGGCCUCCGCCAAGGAGAAGCUCAGGGAGUUGGGUAGCGUGGAGGUGGAUUCACUGGGAGCAUGGGAACCUUGGGCAUUUGUGGGAGUUAAAGGAAAACCAGGGACUGCUGUGGAACAGAGACUUCCACAUAUAGAUGCACAAUCCACGGGUACGGCGAACGUCACUGCUACGUUCCAAGCGUUUUUCGGCGACUUUGACGUCAUUGCCACAAGUGCAUGGGUUGGAGGCUCAGCGCGAAGCACAUUUUCUGUGGGCCGACAUGACGAUGGGUACGUCAUCAACCUGAAGGAUGACGUCAGUUCCUGGCUUCCUGGAGACCGCAUCGUCAUGGCCAGCACGGACUACAACAUGGAGCAGGCAGAAGAGUUCCAGCUGCUGCCGUGUCAGGAGUGCUCGAGCCACCAGGUCAAAAUCAGCGGUGACAUCAGGUACAUGCAUUUCGGAGAGAUCUCGGAUGAAGUAGACUUGCGGGGAGAGGUCGGUCUGCUGACCAGGAACAUCAAGUUCCAGGGGGAGGUAGAGGAUGGCUGCUAUGGCGACAACAAAUGUCAGUUCUUCGACUUUGACACAUAUGGAGGACACCUUAAGAUUCUGAGAGGUUUCAAGAACGUCCACUUGUCCGGUAUUGAGUUCACCCGCAUGGGUCAACAGAUCUUGGGCAGAUAUCCUGUCCACUUCCACAUGACGGGAGAUGUGGACGAGAAGGGAUGCUACAGCCGCCCAACGUACGUCCGAGAGCUGUCCAUUCACCACUGCUUCUCCCGCUGUGUGACCAUUCAUGGCACUCAUGGACUGCUGGUACAAGACACAGUCGGUUACGAGACCCUCGGGCAUUGCUAUUUCCUUGAGGACGGAGCGGAGCAACGCAACGUUCUUGACCACAACCUCGGAAUGUCGACCCGAUACGGCACUCAGCUGCCCACCGACAGGGACGAAAACAUGUGCCGGAACAUACUGGAUGGGGUGUACGGCGAUUACACUCCCAAUGUGUAUGCGGACUGCAUGAUGCUCAGCACGUUUUGGAUCUCCCACCCCAACAAUGACCUCAUCAACAACGCGGCUGCCGGCACCCCGGGCAUUGGUAUCUGGUACCUCUUCCACCUGGAGCCAUCAGGUUUAUCAGCGGGGGCACUUCCCCCUCUACAGUCAUCGUUCGCUCCCAUGGGGCGGUUUUACAACAACAGGGCGCACUCUAAUGCACAAGGGUUGCUAAUAGAGGGUGGGGUCAAGACCACACCCUCAACGGCGUCUUCGCCGGCUGAAUUCCUGGCCAAGUUGGGUGGAAGGUACAAGCCUCACCAGAACUCGGACCUGCUACAGCCCCGUGUACCGGCCAUGCUGGAAGGGUACACCGCCUUCAAGAACCACGUAUGGGGUGCCUGGGUCCGCGGUGGUGACGUGUGGAUCGACAAGAGCGCGUUUGCUGACAAUGCUAUAGGCCUAGUGAUGGCAAGUGAAGGAAUAUUCCCUGGCGACGUUGGGUCGACCCAGCAGGUCUGGAACAGUAUCUUUAUCGGAGAGAGUGAGAACGUGGGCACGAAGACUGGAUCCAUGCACUGGGGCAUGGGGAGUGUCAAACAGGUGGAGAGGAGCUGGCCCCAUUCUACAGAGACCAACUUACGAGGCAUUGACAUCUACGAUGGCCCCAUCUUCGUGGACAGCUGUACUUUCAAGAGGUACGCCAAACUACCCGAGGCCGAUCGGUGGAGCAGCGCCAUUGGGUUCCGCGCUAUGAAUGUCUGGCAAAAUACGCCAAAGAACAACUUUACAAGGUCAAAGUUUGAGAACGUUGAAAGCCGUAUUUUUAUGGGCGCGGCGGGAUUGUCAGGGUUCGGCGAGCACAACUUAGACGGCGACAAGACCAACAUUCUGCACGACAUGGACGGGAGCCUCACCGGCUACCCGGACAGCUACUUAGUCGGGCCGGAUAACUACCUGGUCAGGAACCCCGGCUGUGUGGAGAAGCCUGACUGGAUCGGUCUCGUCUGUCGUGGAGAAUAUGCAUCGUUGUUCAUCAACACUAACCAUCAGAGGAACCGGAUGUCCAUGUACCGUGACGAGUAUCCGGACAAUCCGGUUACACUAGAAACUCCUUUUACGACAACUUACUACAUGCCCGUGGUAAUGUUGGACAAGUCCUACACCGUCCACUGGGAUGGAAAGGCUCCAGAGGAAAUAAAUGUCUACCCCAUUAACUUUGACAGUGGCGACUGGGUCCGAGUGGGCUUCUGUUACCCGCCGGGAACCAACUUUAAGGUGACGUACCAACUGCGGACUCAAGUCCCAUGGGCCAUCGUGUACGAAGAGGACGUCAGUUCUGUGUCAAGCCUUGCUGAGAUAGACGGUGGUGAUGGAAAACUCUACUACUUCGAAGAAAGCACAAGCCUUCUGUUUCUGAAAGUCCGAGCUAACUACGAUCGGGAAGGCCAUGACUACUGUUCACACAUGGGCUGUGAGAGGAUCGUCAUCUCGGCCACCAUGACAAGUGACGUGGUCAGCGACUGUACAGCAACAGCUUAUCCCAAGUACAGCCUGACGCCGACAGAGACUGUUCCCAGCCCGACCUUCAUGAGUAUGGUCAACGACUGUACAGGAUGUGGUGCUCCGGAGCCAAUUGUGUUUGAUGAAGGCAAGACGUUCGUUGAAGUGACGGUUGUGUCAUCCGGGUCUCGCGAGAUGCUACAUGGCCACGGAUCCUUCGUCCAGAUAGACGGUGUCCAGUUUGAUAGCCAUCACCAUGGCCACCUGGUCAUCAGCGUUGAUGCCGUGUCUGGCUCGGUCACACAUGAAAUGACGUUCCACUCUGGCGCUGAGCUGGCCAUGGCAACCUUCAUACGCCACAUUAUCCCUCAAAACUCCAUAGUCCUGGUGGCAGCUUCUGACGCCUCUAGUCUGAUUGUGAACUCACAGGAAUGUCUGUCAGCUCUGAAACAGCUCGGAGCGCAGGAACUUGACAACAUUAACGUCGGAGGGACGUUUGCCAUGGUUGGCUUCAAGGGCACCUUCUGGCCCAGCUGGAUCCAGCACGUCAACCUGCCGUCCGGUCAGGGUCCGGCACAGAUCUACACCAAGAUCCCGCUCAUGGGCUGA